AUGAUUAAAAUAACAUUCAUUGCCUUGCUUGUCUUAAUCUCCUUCUAAGGUGCUCAAGCUGUUAUCGGUGUUGAUAUUUAUUCCCCCUUCAACAACUUCUAAUGCUUAAAGAACAAUGGAAUCUAGUUUGUUAUUGUUAGAGGUUACUAGAGCUAUGGUGCUGUUGAUUCUGGUAACGUUGCUACCAUCUAAAAUGCUAAGUCUGCAGGUCUCAUUACUGAUAUUUAUCAUUUCCCAUGUGUAGGUAAAGUUAGUGCGGCUGAUUAAGUAUAAGCAACUGUUAACACUUUUGGAUCAUUGUACGGAACUGUCUGGAUAGAUGUUGAAACUAACCCUUCUUCUGGCUGUGGUUGGACUUCUAAUAUUAACACUAACUGCUAAUUUUUGAAGGACAUAGUUGCAGCUUAUAAAUCUCAUGGCAAAUUAGUCGGUAUUUACAGCUCUUAAUACCAAUGGACUUCUAUCUUUGGUGCUGCCGGUAACUGUGCCUACUUUACUAAUCUUCCAAUCUGGUAUGCUCAUUACGAUAAUUCUCCUAGUUUCAGUGAUUGGAGUAAAUACUCUUUCGGUGGUUGGACUAAGCCUGCUAUAAAAUAAUAUAUUGGUGAUACUACUAUGUGUGGACUUGAUGUUGAUAUGGAUUAUUACUGA